AUGCUAUUUUUAACCAUAAAAAGUUGGAGCAGUAUUUUUUUCCUUGUAUUGGCUACAGGGAGUGAAAUGUAUAGUCCAGAAACCAUCAAAAUAUGUCACUAUGACAGAGAGAAAGGCCAGCUGCUGUCAGAAGUGAAGUCGUGGCCAGGCCAUCAGCCCACCUACCUUGUAGAGUUUGACUGGAGUACUUAUGCCAGACAUGUCAAAUCAUUGUUGUCUGAGCAGGCAGGCUCUCCAGGGAUGAUUUAUUUUAAUGAAUUCACCUUCACCAAGCUUAAGGGAAACACAGGAAAUGACAGAGUUUUCCAGAAGGACCUGUGUUGUCCAUUGGCUUACAAGAUGCCUGAGAAGAGAACAGAAUGAGGCCUACGCUUUUGUGCCUUUGAUGGGCUGCACACAGUAAAAGCCCAAUAUUAUUUACAGAUAUACACAUUGCUAAAGUGUCAAGCCACUGGCCUGGGAAUGUGAGAGGAGCCUGUCCAGUCAGCUUUUAUCAAGUUUGAGGAAUUCUCUCUCGGUGGCACCUUUGGAACCAAUUACAUUUUUCCACAGAUUGUCCUCAGUGGGAGUCAGCUUGCCUAA